GGAGGUGGCAGCGCUGGGGAGGGCGGGCCGGGGCGGGGCCACAGUCGGGCCCCGCGUCCCGCUCCCAUGGCCGCCCCCGGCUCUCCGCGCUGCCCCCUCUCCCCCGGGCCGCGCCCCGGGGCCCCGCACUGACGGCCCAUGGCGCCGCCCGCCGCCCGCCUCGCCCUGCUCUCCGCCGCCGCGCUCACGCUGGCGGCCCGGCCAGCGCCCAGCCCCGACCUCGGCCCCGGACCCGAGUGUUUUACAGCCAAUGGUGCGGAUUAUAGGGGAACACAGAACUGGACCUCACUGCAAGGCGGGAAGCCAUGUCUAUUCUGGAACGAGACUUUCCAGCAUCCAUACAACACUCUGAAAUACCCCAACGGGGAGGGGGGCCUGGGUGAGCAUAACUAUUGCAGAAACCCAGAUGGAGAUGUGAGCCCCUGGUGCUAUGUGGCAGAGCAUGAGGAUGGUGUCUACUGGAAGUACUGCGAGAUACCUGCUUGCCAGAUGCCUGGAAACCUUGGCUGCUACAAGGAUCAUGGAAACCCACCUCCUCUAACUGGCACCAGUAAAACGUCCAACAGACUUACCAUUCAAACCUGCAUCAGUUUUUGUCGGAGUCAGAGGUUCAAGUUUGCUGGGAUGGAAUCAGGCUAUGCUUGUUUCUGUGGAAACAAUCCUGAUUACUGGAAGUAUGGGGAGGCAGCCAGUACUGAGUGCAACAGCGUCUGCUUUGGGGAUCACACUCAGCCCUGUGGUGGCGAUGGCAGGAUCAUCCUCUUUGACACUCUCGUUGGCGCCUGCGGUGGGAAUUACUCAGCCAUGACUUCUGUGGUCUAUUCCCCUGAUUUUCCUGACACCUAUGCUACGGGGCGAGUCUGCUACUGGACCAUUCGGGUUCCAGGAGCCUCCCACAUCCACUUCAACUUCACCUUAUUUGACAUCAGGGAUUCCGCAGACAUGGUGGAGUUGCUGGACGGCUACACCCACCACGUCCUUGUCCGUUUUGAUGGAAGGAACCGCCCACCUUUGUCCUUUAAUGUCUCUCUGGAUUUUGUCAUUUUGUAUUUCUUCUCUGAUCGCAUCAAUCAGGCCCAGGGAUUUGCUGUCUUAUACCAAGCUGUCAAGGAAGAACCACCACAGGAAAGGCCUACCGUCAACCAGACGCUGGCCGAGGUGAUCACGGAGCAGGCCAACCUCAGCAUCAGCGCUGCCCGGUCCUCCAAAGUCCUCUACGUCAUCACCACCAGCCCCAGCCACCCACCUCAGACUGUCCCAGGUAGCAAUUCCUGGGCACCAUCAGUCAGGGCUGGAAGCAACAGAGUUGAAGGAUGGACAGUGUAUGGUCUGGCAACUCUCCUCAUCCUCACGGUCACAGCCAUCAUAGCAAAGAUACUUCUGCACGUCACAUUCAAAUCCCAUCGUGUUCCUGCUUCAGGGGACCUUAGGGAUUGUCGUCAACCAGGGACUUCGGGGGAAAUCUGGAGCAUUUUUUAUAAGCCUUCUACUUCAAUUUCCAUCUUUAAGAAGAAACUCAAGGGUCAGAGUCAACAAGAUGACCGUAAUCCUCUUGUGAGUGACUAGAAACCCCACUGUGCCUUGGACAUGAGGUCCCUCUUUGAGCUCAAGGCUGUGGGAGUCAACCUCUCCUGUGGUUCUCCUCUGACCAACUCUUCCCUGCCUCUCCUCUGCGCCAGCCUCUGCGGAGGCACGCUCCUACAGACUGGGAUGCGUGCCAUGCUGCAGGGGUGAGUGGAGCCUGGAUUCUUCUUGCUUCAUCAGCUGCACUUAGGAGAGAGACCCAGGGUCCCAGGGCCCUCCCAGCAUCUCUCUCUCUGAUCUAGCAAAGAGAGUGUCAGGACAGUGGGGCUGAGCUGAUAGAGAUGGUCACGGUUGGCACUGGGCUCAGGUGCAUUCUAGACAACUGUCGGGUGUUGAGUAGGUUUAGUGUACAUUGAUUCUUUCCUGCUUCUUUAUUUUGCCCACACACAGAUCACUUUCUCCUGGUCUUUACAGUUUGGAACAGGACCAGAUAGGGAGAAUUCUCAGGUUUUCUUGAGGGUUGGCCUGGUCCUAUACAAAUGCGGACUCUUGGGCAUUGUACCCCCAAAGUGUAAAGAGGGCUGAUGCUCCAUGCUGACCCUGGAGUUUUGCUCUCUGGGUGCUGGACUAGGAUGGGCCUCCUCCAACUGGGGAGGGCCUAAGAAUAGGGUCUAGUAAUCCCUACUUAUGUCAAACCUGACACCUUCCACACAUGAGCUUCUUUCUAGAUGCUUCUUUCCAUAGCUCAGUGACCUUCAGAGCAAGCUUGAGAAGUGAUCAUAUAAAACAUCCAUUCAUUUAUUCGUACAACAAACUCUACUGGAAGAUUUUAUAGGCACUCAGUAACUGCUUGUUGGAUUGGAUUUAUCUGGCCUUGCCCCCAGCAGUUCAUGGUCCUGUGGAACCUUAGCCAGGUCCUGGUCUCUCCAUGAUUCUCUCAGCUGACUCUCAGUUCAGAACAGGGAGUAUAAAUAUUGCGGUUUAGCCUUUAGGCAGCGUUAUGUGAGAUAACGGGCCCACGGUCCUCCCUUUUGUCUCCCAUUCUAAAAGAUGAAAAACAUCCCUAGGGCUGUACUCUCUGCAGCCCUUUCUGCCCAUUCUUAUGGGGACCAAUGGGGCUGAAAAUGGCUCAGAGGGGAAGGAGAAGCUCUCGUCCCUGGUCCCAUGCCACCCUGUCCCUCAGACAGGGAGGUGAACUGCAGAGGAGAAGGAAGGGCCUGGCAAAAGGAGAUCCUCUAAGGACAGGCCCUCAGAUUGAAAGCUCCAGCUGCAGUGGCUGCCGGUUGUGAGAGUAAGUGCCAUCUCUAAUGCAGAAGUACCCGCUAUCGAGAAAUGGGCUUUGUCAACAGCAGCUGAGAAGAGCGGCCUGUGCCUCUGAAGUCCAGGCCUGGCCUUUGUCAGACAGAGCGUGGCUCUCCCAAAGGCACUUGGGCCUUGGUGCUUACACCUCUGGCCUCCUAGGUUCCCUCCUUGGAGCACUUUGCCUACCUCCCCCAAUUCCGAUGCCACUUCCUGCUGUGGCCCUUGCUGGGGUUUUGGCAACCCAUCUGCACCUAGCCUCUCCUGGGAGGAAGCAGGGUUGUAUGAGGCCAGUUGGAAAGUGUCUACAGGGAGAGGUGACACUUGGCAACCUAGGUCCAGGAGGGAUACUUGGAGCUGGUAGACAGGGGGCAUUUGGAGGAGGGAGACAGGCAGUGUGUCCACAGCAGGUAGGGGAGCUGCCUCAGGUGCCAUAUGAGGCCCGCCAAGGGCACAGAGCUUCUCAGUUCUGUCUUCACGCUUUAAUAUGGAAUGGGUGAUUACCCUGGAGCAGCUGUCCGCAGGCCCCUGGGUCUGGAGACAGAGGCCUGCCACACAUGAGGACCACUGGGAAUAUGCCGACAUGUGCAGUCUCCCAGCUAUUCAUGGCGUUUGUGGAAUCUCUCAAACGCAAGUGUCAGGUGUGUGUAGUCACAAAGGGCCUGUACAUGAAUAGAUCCAUUCGCAGCACUAAGGGAAUGUGGGAUUUGUCCCCAGGCAGGGUUUGCCUGGUUGCCUAGGGCUAAUGCCCAUCACUGGCCUUUGGGGCAUCCCACAGGCCCAUGCACUCACCCUACCCUCCCAUCUCAGGUCACGGGAGGCCAAGCCCCAAGCUGUGUAUUGUCUGAGCCUGCAGCAGGAGCAACCCUUUUUUAGAGAUUCCAGAAAGUGCUGCUCUUCCUGCGUGGCCCUGACACAGCCCAGAGCCUCCAGGAUCAACUUACUCUCUGUGAGCUGCCCUGAGAAGUCCAAACCUGCCUCAGGACAGUGUUGGGGGAGGAAGGCUUUAAAUCAUUUCAACCCAGACCUCCAUAAACAUCAAGUGGGUUGCAGUCUGACCAUGGCCUCAGCUAGAACCUGUCAACAACACCCUACAGAGGGCCCCUACAGCCAAGCAAGCACCUGAGAAAUAAUCUACCCCAGAAGAGGUGAGGUGCUUCCCAGGGCACCGAAGGAGGAUGCGUGUAUCUUUUAAGAAACUCCUUUAGAAGAGAGAAAAUAGGGGUGGGAGGUGAUUGGAAAAGGGUGAUCUGGAGGAGAAUAAGUGACAGACACAUAUUAGAAGAGUAUGAAAGAGGCAGGGAGGGGCUUUGGGGACCACUGUGGAUGGCACUUGGAAAGCAUCCUGUCCAAAGCCUCUCCUGCAGUGACAACGUGGGAGGAGGCUGCAGGGGGUGCUCCAGGCCUGUGUGCCAUCCUCACCCCAUUCACUGCUGGCACAAAGGAGGGCCCUCACCAACUGAUCUUGUGACCUCCUAUGGUAGCUUCGCCUUGGCUGGCUGUGGACCAGCACCCUGGUCUCCAGUGGCAUUUCAGUGUCCUUGGCCCAUAUGAGAAGGCAGGCAGGAGGCACAUGGUGCCCUGCGUCCUUCCCCACUGUCCAGUUACUUGCAAAGCAGAGAAUGAGUGGGAAUGAACCCCAGUGCCUUCUCCCAACUGCCCCACAUCAGGACAGGGUUGAGGCUUCUCUGAGCAUGAGCAAGGUAACUGGACAGCUGUAACUUCCAAAGUGUGGGCUCUAGCUGAAGACUCUAUCAGCCAGAAGCCCAGAAAGAUCAAAGCACCAGCAAGUACAGCUGUCCUGGCCCUCAAGCCAAACCCAUGGGGCGUGCCUGGGCACGGUUUCACCUACACACCCAUUGUCAGCCCAGGCAGGAGUUUGCCUGACUGGGCUCAGGAUCCAGCCUGCAGUCCAGCUUGGCCAUCCCAACACCAGCAGGGCAUGCAGGCCAUCACCUAGCUCCCAUGUGUCCUGGGCACUACGCACUUAAUCUUCACGAGCACUUUUAAGUGGACAGCCUCCCCUGUUUGCUGAGGCCACCCCAGGUCUCCCACAGAGCCAGGCCAGCUCCCCUCUCCAUAGCCACAUCAACUGGCACGCUCUUGGGUUUUGAAUCUCCUGUCUGGUGUUUGAUGUCUGCUUUUAUUACUAUCUUGGGAAUUUUUAGCCUUUUGAUUGUUUCCUCUGGUGUCUUUGUUUACCUUCCUCACUGUUCUACCUCCUGGCCAGGUCUCUCAACUUAGCUGCCCUGGUGUGGGGUGUUUUUCAAACCUUCCAGCCACAGCUGCCUCCCCUCAGGUUGGAUGGCUCAGGGGUGACAGGACUUCACCCUCUGCCUGCAGACCCCUGGUGGGCCCAUCUCACAGGCUUCUGUCUCUCAACUCAGUAGAAGUGGGGUGCGGAGGAAAGUCAGAGGUAAAUCUCCUGCUUGAGCAAGGAAGUGUCUUUGGAAGCACAGAUGGGAAGUCCCUUUCUUGCCCACACAGGGAGCUGCCAUCCGUGGGGUUCAGGUGGCAUCAAGACCUUCCCACAUCCAAACUCACCUUCCAGCAGGGAUUUUAUCUUUGGAUGACAAGACUUUACUUGUAAAUAUGCUCCUAAUAUGCAACUUUGAGAAUAAAAUGGAAACACCAUGUAUUUUAAAAUAUAAGAUGAAGUGUGACACACUGUAUACAAUUUAAUAUAUAUUUUUAGGAUUUUGUUAUUUAAGAAAAUGGAAUGUAAUGGUACUUAACUUUUACAAAGGAGAGAAAAAUGUUAUUUUUACUGUCUGGAGAAAAUAAAUAUUCUCAUUGUUGUAGAAA